UGAAUCAAUCUGGGACUGAAGCCAAAGUCACCUGCUAUAUAAGAGAGACAAAGCACAGUUGAACUACGGUCCUGAUCAAGUUUAGACCCAGCAUCCUUGUGCCAAACUCCACUCAAGAUGGGGUUUGGCAGGGGGAUAUUGCUACCAGAAUGGGCUUUCCUCUUAGCACUUUGCUGUAUCCAUCAAAUAGGAGGUCAGAUUGGAAUCCAAAUAGGAAGUCAGUUCUCUGGGGGUCUUCUACAAAAACAAAAUGCUUCGAUCAGAAUUUCAGCUAACUUGAACAUCAUCCCACCACUGCUGACAAAUCUAGCAAUAACAUCUGCUAACCCUGCUCACAAUGGCCGUGUGUGCAGCACAUGGGGCAACUUCCACUUCAAGACCUUUGACGGAGACAUAUUCACCUUCCCCGGGCUCUGUAAUUAUGUUUUUGCCUCCCACUGCAACGCUCCCUACGAGGACUUCAACAUCCAGAUUAGGCGUGAAGUGGUGGCAAACAUCCCAACCAUCAGCCGCAUCACCAUGAAACUCGAAGGUGUGGUGGCACAACUAACAAAGGAUGCUGUCGUGGUCGAUGGCAACAGAGUUCAGCUGCCAUACAGCCAAUCUGGUAUUACGAUAGAGAAGAGCAGCAUUUAUGUGAAAGUUGGCAGCAAAAUCGGUGUUGUGCUAUUGUGGAAUGAACAGGACAGCAUCCUGCUGGAAUUGAAUGAGAAAUAUGUCAAUCAGACUUGUGGACUUUGUGGUGACUUCAAUGGCUUUCCCAUAUACAACGAAUUUGUUUCAAACAAUAUUAAGAUGACAGCCUUGCAGUUUGGGAAUAUGCAGAAAAUGGAUGGGCCAACAGAACACUGUGAUGACUCCACUACUAUCCCAACAAAUAACUGCUCUGACAAUCUCGAUAACAUAUGCGAGAAAACAUUGACCAGCUCUGCAUUUGCAGAGUGUAACGACCUAGUUGAUGUCACAGAUUACAUUAAGGCUUGCCAAGAGGACUUGUGCAGCACUGCAGAAUCUGAGAACAGCUCAUGCAUCUGUGACACCUUUGCUGAGUACUCCCGGCAGUGUGCUCACGCUGGUGGGCAGCCCCUGGACUGGAGAACUUCAAAAUUGUGCCCCAAGACAUGUCCUUACAACAUGCAGUACCAGGAGUGCAACUCCCCCUGUGCUGAUACAUGCACGAAUCCUGAACGAUCUCUGUUUUGUGAAGAACACUGUAUUGAUGGCUGUUUCUGCCCCCCAGGGACUGUAUUUGAUGACAUCAACAAUUCUGGCUGCAUUCCCCAGCAGCAGUGCUCCUGUAUUUACAACGGCAAAACCUAUGCUACAGGAACUUCUUUUUCAGAGCCAUGCCAGACCUGUACCUGUAAUGGAGGCCAGUGGAGCUGCCAAGACAAGUCAUGCCCAGGAACUUGCUCUGUAGUGGGAGGUUCCCACAUUUCCACAUAUGAUAAGAAGAUCUUUGAUCACCACGGAGACUGCACUUAUGUCCUCUCUAAGGACUGUAAAGGUGACAAAUUUACCAUCCUGGCAGAGCUACGCAAGUGUGGCUUAACUGACACUGAGACCUGCUUGAAGUCAGUGACCCUCAACAUGAAUAAAGGACAAACUAUCGUCGAGGUCAAACCUGAUGGUGGUGUGUUUGUGAACUCCAUCUACACCCAGCUGCCCAUGUCAGCAGCCAAUGUCACCAUGUUCAGACCCUCCUCAUUCUUCAUGAUCAUGGACACGAGCUUUGGCGUCCAGGUUGAGAUGCAGUUCACACCCAUGAUGCAAGUGUUUGUGCGUCUGGAUGCUUCUUUCAAAAACCAGACUUGUGGUCUCUGUGGGAAUUUCAAUAACAUCCAAACUGAUGAUUUCAAGGUCAUCAGUGGAAUAAUUGAAGGAACAGCAUCAGCAUUUGCUAAUACAUGGAAAACUCAGGCUUCAUGCCCUAAUAUCCAGCAGAGUUUUGAGAAUCCUUGUGCACUCAGCAUUGAUAAUGAAAAAUACGCUCAGCAUUGGUGUGGACUGCUCACUAACAGCACAGGACCUUUUGCUGCUUGUCACUAUGCAAUCAAUCCCGCUGUUUACCACACGAACUGCAUGUUUGACACAUGUAACUGUGAAAACAGUGAGGACUGUCUGUGUGCAGCCCUGUCUGCCUAUGUGAGAGCUUGUGCUGCAAAAGGAAUCCAGCUGCAGGGAUGGAGGGCUGAUGUCUGCUCAAAAUACACCACCUCAUGUCCCAAAUCCCUGAGCUACAGCUAUACCAUCUCUUCCUGUCAACCCACCUGCCGCUCUCUGAGCGAGCCUGAUGUCACCUGCAGCAUCAAGUUUGUCCCAGUGGAUGGCUGCACCUGCAUAAAUGGGACCUACAUGGAUGAGAGUGGCAAAUGUGUGCCUGCUAAGGAAUGCCCCUGCUACUACAGAGGAUCUCCUAUACCAUUUGGAGAAGUGAUCCAUGAAAAUGGGCGUGUAUGCACUUGUGUCCAGGGAAGACUGAAUUGCAUUGGAGCACCAAAUCCAACUCCAGUCUGUGAAUCCCCCAUGGUCUACUUUGAUUGUAAAAACAACACAGCAGGAACAAUUGGAGCAGAAUGUCAAAAAAGCUGCCAGACUCUGGAUAUGCAGUGUUAUAGCUCACAAUGUACAUCUGGCUGCGUGUGCCCAGAUGGGCUUGUGUUAGAUGGGAAUGGUGGCUGUAUUCCUGAAGAGCAAUGUCCAUGUAUUCACAACGAAGCCAUGUAUCAGCCUGGGGAAAAGAUCGACUUUGACUGUAACACCUGUGUAUGCAAGAAUAGGAAGUGGGAAUGUACCAAAGAUCAGUGUCUGGGCACUUGUGCUGUUUAUGGAGAUGGUCAUUAUAACACCUUUGAUGACAAAAGGUUCAGCUUCAAUGGAAACUGUGAAUACACACUAGUCCAGGACCACUGUGGGAAAAGUGGCACAGUCAAUGGGACCUUCAGGGUUGUCACUGAAAAUAUUCCCUGUGGCAACACUGGGACAACUUGCUCAAAAUCUAUCAAAGUUUUCUUAGAGAGCUAUGAGCUGAUCCUUGGUGAAGAGCGUGUCAGCGUGGUGAGGAGAGGACAGAAUGACGAGGUGCCAUACACGGUUCGCUCCAUGGGAAUGUACUUGGUGAUUGAGACCAAAAGUGGCCUGAUCCUCAUGUGGGACAAGAAAACUAGCAUCUUCAUCAAGCUCAGCCCUGGCUUCAAGGGCCAGGUCUGUGGUCUCUGUGGAAAUUAUGACGGCAACAGCGUCAAUGACUUUACUACAAGGAGUCAGUCUGUAGUAGAGAAUGUCCUAGAGUUUGGAAACAGCUGGAAAGUGUCCUCUACAUGCCCUGAUGCUUUCAGUGUCAAGGACCCAUGUUCUACCAACCCGUAUCGGAAGUCCUGGUCAGAGAAGCAGUGUAGCAUCAUCAACAGCAACGUCUUUGCUGCCUGUCACUCUCAGGUUGAACCAGCAAAAUAUUACCAAGCAUGUGUGACGGAUGCUUGUGCCUGUGACACUGGAGGAGACUGUGAUUGCUUUUGUACAGCAGUAGCUGCCUAUGCUCAAGCAUGCAGUGAAGUUGGUGUAUGUGUAGCCUGGAGAAGCCCAACAAUUUGUCCACUGUUCUGUGAUUACUACAAUCAGCAAGGAGAAUGUGAAUGGCACUAUAAGCCUUGUGGUGCUUCCUGUAUGAAGACCUGUAAGAACCCAAGUGGAAAAUGCCUCAAUGACCUGCCAGGUUUAGAAGGCUGCUACCCUAACUGCCCACCAGACAAGCCAUAUUUUCAUGAAGAUCAGAUGAAGUGUGUUAGUCUCUGUGACUGUUAUGAUGAUGAAAAUGGAAAGAUAUAUAAACGGGAUGAAUGUAAUAUAUGUGAGUGCACAUCAGAAGGUUUACAGUGCAAGUUCGAUGAUAAAGCCUGCAACUGCAUUUAUGAAGGGAAUAGCUAUAAAUAUGGUGAACUCAUCUACAACACCACAGAUGGAACUGGAUGGUGUAUCAGUGCAACAUGUGAUGCCAAUGGAACAAUAAGCAGAGACAUCUUUAAAUGUGGCAUUUUUACAACAACCCCAUUUACAUUUUCCACAAGUCAGCCCACAACUACUACUGCAGAAAUGACAACAGCAGUGCCAGUGACAACUGUAUGUGUGAAAAAUAUCUGUGUGUGGUCAGAAUGGUUUGAUUCCACUCAGCCUGAAAACAAAGAAGACAGUGGAGAUUAUGAAACAUUUCAAAAUCUCAGGGAUAAAGGAUACAGCGUGUGUAUAAACCCAAGUGAAGUUCAAUGCAGAGCCAAAGAAUACCCAGAUACUGAAAUUAGCAAACUUAACCAAACAAUUGAGUGUAGUCAAAGCAGAGGAUUAAUAUGCAAUAACCAGGACCAAGAAUCUAAGCAGUGCUAUAAUUAUGAAAUCAGAAUAUCAUGCUGCAGAUACAUACCAUGUUCAGAAGUACAAACUACAACACCAACAACCACAAGAGAAUUCAUGACUACUGCUGUAGAAUCAACACCAUUUACAGUGCAGACAACGAUAAAACCAACAACACAAAAACAAGAAAGUGAAGUAACUACAACAUCAAGAGAAAGAAAUACUCCUCUGACCGAAACCUCAGUAACAGCAACGACAUCACAAGUCUCAACAACAGGUUACCAAAUCACAACUACUAGAGCAGAAACCUCCACUGCAGUAACCCAAGGCCCAUCAUCACCCAGUACCAUCUCCACUCUCCCAGAAUCCACACUAGAAACCACUCCUGGCACCACGAUAAUCUCCAGAACUACUGCCCUGCCAACACAAGGCACAACUGUCACUACACCCACACCAGGACUGCCUACCCAAGCUACCACCAUGGGCAGCACUUCCACAACCACCACAGAAAGCACCACUACAUCUGCAGAAGAAACUCAUCCAACUGUAUUAUCCACUGUUGCAAUUCAAACAACAUCCACAAUUACUGCUUCCACCCAGGAAAUAAAAAUUAAAACCACCACUGGCAACGCAGCUGUCCCCAGCACAACAGCCCCAGGCUCAGAGGGCACAACCAUCAUUGCUACAACCACCAGCACCUCUCCACCUCAGACUGAAGGUACAACCACCGUCACUCCAUCCACAAAAACAGUGCCCACCCCAGCCACAAGCACUGCCAGCACCUUCAGUACCACUGCAGGAAGGACCACAAGAGCCUCAGCCACCUCAGCUCCAGGAGAAACCUCCACUGUGGCCACCCAAUCUCCAACUACAGUCUCUGAAAUCAAAACAGGAACCACUGUUGGAACAACAGCUGUCCCUGGCACCACGGCCCCAGCCAGAGAAGGCACAACCAACAUUGCUACCACCACCAGCACUUCCUCUACGUCAUCUGAUAUAAAAUUAAGAACCACUACUGGCUCCUCAGGUCUGCUCACUACAACUCUUCCUCAGUCUGGAAGUACCACAGGUGUAACAGAAAUUGUUACAACAUUCUUUUCUCCUACUAAAGAAAAUAUUGCUACAACAGUUUUCUCUGGCACCACUGUCAGUCCAGUAGCUUCAGCUGGAACAUCACAAUCAAGUUACGUUACAUCAAGUACUCCUGUGACCUUCAGUUCUUCCACCAGCACAUCUGUUACAUCCAACAAAAUCAUUCCAUGCUUUUGUCAUGUGUUUGAAACUUUAUUUUCUCCUGGGGAAGUGGUAUACAACAGAACAGACAGAGCUGGCUGUAAUUUUUAUGCACUUUGCAGCAAGGAAUGUGAGAUUGAGCCCUUCCAGGGACCGUGUCCUCUGGCAACUCCUGUUCCUUCAGUCUCCUCCUCAACUACAUCACAAGCUGCCUCACCAACCACAGCAACACCCUUCACAACUUCAGCAGCAAGAAACUGUACUGAUGUCAAUCCUGCACGAAAGCCUGGAGAAGAGUGGAUAAAUGAAUGCCAGAAGUGUGUCUGUGACUCCCUCACUGCUACUGUGCAAUGCCAGCCACUCCCAUGCCAAACAGCUCAGCAAACUAUUUGUGACCUAGGAUUUGUUUCCAUGCCUGUACUACCACAAAAAGACCCAUGUUGUCCCGAAUUUGAAUGCCGACCUGUACCUGAUGUCUGUGUGAUUAAUGGAACAUUGUACACGGUUGGAAAGUCAGUAGUAAUCGAUUCAUGUAAGAAGUGUACCUGCAGUUCUGAGAAAGAUGCAGACACUAAUGCAAACAUGAUGCAUUGUGAAACACUUCAGUGUGAGACAUCCUGCCCGCUGGGUUACCAAUACAUGAUUGAGGAAGGAGAGUGCUGUGGGAAAUGUAUUGAAGUAGCUUGCAAAGUCAAACUCAGUAACAACACUGUUCAUGUGCUCAAUGUUAAUGAGAUCCUGCCAUUCGAUCAAUGCAGCCAUUACAAAUGUGAAAAAAUUGAAGACCAGUUUGUUGCAGUCCAAACUAAAAAAGUAUGCCCUGAGUACGACCCUGGAGAGUGCGAUCCUGACGAUGCAGAGAUUACAUCUGAUGGGUGCUGCAAAAUAUGUAAACCUAAAAACUGCAAGCCUCACACCAAGGAAACUGUGAUCCGCCAUGCUGACUGUGAGUCUUCUGAAUCUGUUGAGCUGUCAUAUUGUGAAGGAACUUGUCCUGGCUCCUCAAUGUACUCUCUUGAAGCAAACCAGAUGGAACACAACUGUGGUUGCUGCCAGGAACUCAGCACUCAAACAAGAGAGGUGACCCUGACUUGUCGAAAUGGAACCAGCAUAACUUACAACUAUCUCUAUGUGGAAAACUGCCAGUGUGUGAAUGCUUGCUCUUCACAAACCACUGCAGCACACGACUCCCAGUUCCAACAGUCUGUAAAAUACGGCUCCCAGUUACAACAAGCUGUAUCACUUGGUUCCCAAUGGCAACUCAGCUAAGGAUUUGAUCAUUGGAAAAAGAAAGCAGAGACCCUAGGAAGCUGGAAUUAUGUCUUCUCCAGAAUAACUUGUGCUCCUUCUUUAACAUUCUUUUUUCAUGUCUUACUUAUAAAAAAUAAUAAAAAAAGUCAAUUAAA